GAGCAGGAGAGAGGAGGAGGUGCAUUUAUCUUAUCAAAGGGAAGGUUAAGAGAUGAUUUAAUCACAGCCUCUAAGUACCUACAUGGGGCGGAGAUUUCUGAUAGCAAAGGGCUCUCCAAUGUGGCAGACAAAGGCAGCAGGAGAUCCAGCCACUGGAAGGUGAAGGAAAACAAUCGUGAGCUGAAGAUAAGGUGCAAGUGCUUAACAACAGAGUCUAAUUAUCUAUCAGAAUCUCGGAGUGUGCAGGAGGAUCUGCUCAUGGAGCCUUUCCUGUGAUUGUGCUAGAAGACUAUGCAGACCCCUUUGAUGCUACACAAGUGGCUGGUGGCCAGGCAGCACAGGAGAAGGUGGCAGAGAAUGAUGGCUACAUGGAGCCCUAUGAGGCACAGAAGAUGAUGGCUGAGAUCCGCCAGAAGGGCUCCAAGGAGGCCCCCGCCCGGCCGCUGCAUCUGUAUGACACACCCUACGAGCCAGUGCCCAAUGGGCCAGAGGUGGACAGUGAGCGUUCGGCCUGCCCACGGCCCAGGGAGUCCCGCCUGCCCCAGGAUGAUGAGCGCCCACCCGAGGAGUAUGACCAGCCCUGGGAGUGGAAGAAGGAGCGCAUCUCCAAGGCCUUUGCAGUUGAGAUCAAAGUGAUCAAAGACCUGCCAUGGCCACCCCCUGUGGGACAGCUGGACGGCGGUGCCAGCCCCCCUGAAGGUGAGGCCGGCCCCCUAACUCCUGCACAGCAUGGCCCAUCCCAGCAGAGCCAUGAGGACACCAACGGACAGUGUGAGGGGCCAGGCCGCAGCCGCACAUCACCCUGCAGGGAGGAGAAGGCCAGGGCCUCCCACCGGCAUGGGAGCAGCCAUCUCAAGGCUGCCAAGGUGCCAAAUGCUGAGCCUGGCCUGGUCAUUGGGGAGAGAAUUGACCCAGCCCUGCCGCUUGAGAGCCAGUGCUGGUACCAUGGGGCGAUCAGCCGGACGGACGCCGAGACCCUGCUGAGGUUGUGCAAGGAGGCCAGCUACCUGGUGCGCAACAGUGAGACCAGCAAGGACGACUUCUCCCUCUCCCUGAACCAGUUGCAGGAGGUGGAGGGUUGCCCACCCUUGGACCACAGGGAGCAGCCCCAGCCCUGGUCUUGGCGAGUGGGGUCACACCUGGAGCAGCCAGGGUUUCAUGCACAUGAAACUCUCCAGAACCCAGGAAAACAAGUACAUCCUGGGCCAGCACAGCCCCCCAUUCGACAGCGUCCCUGAGAUCAUCCACCACUACGCCAGCCGCAAGCUGCCCAUCAAGGGCGCUGAGCACAUGUCCCUGCUCUACCCAGUGGCCAUCCGCACCCUAUAGUUCUUCAACUGCAGGGAGACACCCAGGCAGCCUGGCCUGCCAGCAGCUCUUCCCAGGGCACCCAGGAGAGCUGGUAUCCUGGCUGGGGAAGGGCUCCGGACCACAGGCCCAAAAACAGGUUCAUUGACUAGCUGGGCCAGGCACUGGCAUGACUGGACUCCUCUCUCUGAGCAUGUGAGUGGGCUCUGUCCCAUUCCUGGACUCCACAUGCAUUAGCAGGGUGCCUGGGGGGCACGUCUCAUCUCCUGGAUGUACCCAGGAGGAUGUGGAGAGCCUGACCCGUGAGCCUCUGCACUUGCUGCCUGCCUUGCUGUGAAGCUGGUUGGGCUGCUGGGAGGGCUGCCUACAGUAGGAGCUUGGAGGAGUCCCAGGGGACACCCAGGGCCAGGAGGAGAAUAGAGCGAUAAUUUAUUGGUAAGGCAGGUCAGAGACGUUUGUGAGGCACUGAUGCCCCUGGCAGUGCUGGCCCUGCCCACCCACAGUGUGAAGGAGCUGUUGUGUAUGUAGCCGUCAUGUAUACCCGGACCCCCACUGACACCCCCUGCCCCUCACUCCCCACAAUGCCCCCAUGAACUCCUGACAGUCUUCUCUGCAGGAGGAACAAGAGAGCCCUGCUGGGGUGGCAGGGGGCCAGGGAACAGGGCCCUCGCUUGCCUGCAGCCCCCAGCACGAGGAUGGACACUGGGAGCAGAGGAUGGACACUGGGAGCAGAGCAUGGGUCUCUCACCAAGGGGAGAUGAC